UAAAAUUCCAUAUACUCAAAAUCUCAACACUGCUCAUCCUAUGCCCCACAAUGCAUUUUUCUAAUACCCAUUUGGCCAAAAUGGAAUAUUGUCCUUCUUUCCCUAUACCAAAUUGCUUGGUUACAUGAUUACUGCAUUGGGGGUAUUUCCUGAAUCCUUAUACAAAGCUUUUUUCUGAGGAUUUGAGUAAUGGGUAGAAGAGAAACGCAAGUUUUGGAGGGCAGAAAAGAUGGCUUUUUCUCCGACUCUCAAUUGAGACUUCAAUGGAGUCUCCAAGAUGGAAAUUUCCACCCUGGUGGCUUAUUUGCUUGUGUGGGUCAAAUGGGCAACAUGGGUUUUGGAGUUUCACCAAAUUCGCCCAAUUCAAGAGACGAUAAUGGUGGCUUGAAGCUUCCAUACACUGAUUUGUUUGUGAAGUAUUUGUCAUCGCCAGAGGGUUUUAAAUUUGUGGGUGUUCCAGAAGAGGAAGGGAGUGUGAAGAAGAAGAAGAAGAAAGGUGGGCUUAAAUUGAAGGUGAAGAUUGGAAACCCUUCGUUGAGGAGGUUGAUAAGUGGAGCGAUUGCUGGGGCAGUUUCUAGAACUGCUGUUGCUCCAUUGGAGACAAUUAGGACACAUUUGAUGGUUGGAAGUAGUGGACAUUCUAUUACUGAGGUGUUCCAUGAUAUCAUGAAGACUGAUGGGUGGAAAGGAUUAUUUAGGGGCAAUUUUGUUAAUGUGAUUCGGGUUGCGCCAAGCAAAGCCAUAGAGCAUGUUGGAACGAAACAUGUUUUCUGGUUUCUCAAGUGGAUGCAUUCUUUGAGCUUGCAGAGUGUGAAGAAUGCCUCACUAGCUGCUUAUGAUACGGUCAACAAGAACUUGUCACCCAAACCUGGGGAACAGCCGAAACUUCCUAUACCUGCAUCACUUGUUGCAGGGGCAUGUGCUGGAAUCAGCUCCACGUUGGUGACAUAUCCACUUGAAUUACUUAAGACUCGUUUAACUGUAGAGAGAGGAGUUUAUGAUGGUUUGUUUGAUGCGUUUAUUAAAAUAUUGCUGGAGGGAGGACCUGGAGAGCUGUACCGAGGUCUCACACCUAGUCUAAUUGGUGUGAUACCGUAUUCCGCCACAAAUUACUUUGCAUAUGACACGUUAAGGAAGGCCUAUCGAAAAAUCUUCAAGCAAGAGAAGAUUGGCAACAUAGAAACACUCUUGAUUGGAUCCACGGCUGGUGCUAUAUCAAGUAGUGCAACGUUCCCACUUGAGGUGGCUCGCAAGCACAUGCAGGUCGGGGCUCUUAGUGGAAGACGAGUGUACAAGAAUGUGCUUCAUGCUCUCACGAGCAUACUUGAACAGGAAGGGAUCCAAGGGUUGUAUAAAGGCCUUGGCCCCAGCUGCAUGAAGUUGGUGCCUGCCGCUGGGAUUUCAUUCAUGUGCUAUGAGGCAUGCAAGAGGAUUUUGGUUGAGAAAGAUGAUGACGAAUAGAAGAGAUUUUUUCAGUCGAACUAGUGUUACUGAGUUCCCUGGUUUUUGGAGCAUGGACAGAAAAUGGCAUAAAAUUUUAUAUCUCUUGAUUAAUUUCUGUUGCAUCUUUCUUUUUCCCUUCGAAUUUUUUGUUUGAGAUUCAGUUCUAGGAGCCUGGUUUACGAGGUUAGAACUGAUACGUCUUAAACAACCAUUAUAAGCGAACUUUCGUUUUUUGUUUUUGUUUUUGUU